CUUCUGAUUCCAAGUAUUUGGUAAUAUAAAACAUUCAGCCAUUACAGUAGUCGGAGACAUUUCUUUCCUCCCAGUAGAAUUAAUUAUGAAAUACAUUGAGGAUACCCCUAGGUUAUGUUAUGCUGUUAUGCUAAACAAAUUUCCUAAUUGAUAAUGGAAUGAACAGAACUGUUUAUAUUUAUACUUCCAUAGCCAUGAGUUUCAUUUGCCCAGAUGCACUUGACAACUGUCUUUGGAAAUGCAUUUUCUUGCAGAAUAUAUUUUGAUAGCCCUGCUUUUUAACAUUAGAACGGUUAUCAGAAAGCGUACGAAGAUAAUAGGAGUAGCUAAUGAAGAGACUUGGUAGUAUUUUGCUUUUCGAGCUACUAACCACCUACAUCUAAAUUUUAUUCUGCAAACCUGAUGCUCAGGCCAAUUCUUUUAAAUGCAAUCAAGGCGAUGCAAAUGUACCAAUGAAUCUCUAUAAAGCAUUUCGCCAGUGGUGUUUAGUCUAAUAAUUUUUGGUAGCUUACUUCAAAGGGUCCUUGAAGUAUUUAAAGUGGUUAGAAUUUAGUAUCAGAUUUUCCAUUUUGUCUCAUUGAAAUGAUCUAUCAUUAUUUGAAGGUAUGGUCGAUUUUGUCGAAUAUGGAGAAGCAGGGGUGUAGUGCUAUCAAAAUAACAAGGGGUAGAGGCUCUUGCGCAAAACGCUGCUAAAAAUGAUAGCCAAAGUAGAAAUUGGCUAGUUUUCAGCAUUAACAACAAGGGGGGCUCAGUCUCCCUCAGCCCCCUUGCCUUACACCCCUGUGGAGAAAGGAUGCCUUAUGAAGUUUCAGCUUUAUUAGCUGAACUGAUUAUCAACUGCACACCCGCCGUUCUUUAGUUUUAGUGCCCUAGGAAAUGAAACUCAAAGAAAUGACGACUUCUUGCUAGUGGCUGUAUUCUUUUUCUCCUAACCCCCCCCCCCUCAUUAGCCUACUGCAGCCUACAUUUUUUAUCUAUACGACUACAGCUAUUCACACAGCACAGAUUAUCCCAGACUUGACCCAAGUGAAAUGUAAUCAUCAUUGGGAUCGACUUUACCCGGGUUUAACUUGACCCAUCCUUAGAGGUGAGUUCGAUCUGGGCCGAAUCUGUGUUCUUUAUGACAAGGGGUCGUGAUUAGAAAAUGUUUAGUUUAGGCAUGGGUGAGCUUUUUAUCCGAAUGUGUGGUUUAUUCCCCUGCUAAUUUUCAUUAGCAAAUGAAAAAACAGUUCCCCUCAAUUUAGCUAAUCGAAAAAGCAACGUAUUUAAAUUACCAUUUCUUCAGACGCUUUGAUGAGCCAGUGUUACCCAAAAACAUUCGGGCUCUUCCUAAUUGAUUGUUGCAUUUGGAAAAACAAAUUUUUUGAGAUCCCAGCAUCUUUUCUAUGAACGAUUUUUAAAAAACUUGGCACGGAUAUGAAACGAGGCUGAUUAAUUCUCCAGAUUGAUGUACUUUGAGCACAGUACUUCGACAUUUGGUCCGAUCUUGCUAUUCUUUUCGCCCACAAGAUGGAAAAUACAAAACAAGACGGGGGAAGUUUCACGAGUUUAUUGAUCAAUUUAGCAAACAGGCUCCAACCUAUAAUUUUAUUACUCCAUCGUGAUAUUAAGAAACGGGGCCCUUUUCUUCACUCAAAAUACACAAUUUGUUUUUCUCGGCCUUCCUAUAAAUUUAGCGGUAUUUUCUUUGUGUUGUUGAUGGCAUAAGCAAUACGCAUGACAAUUCCUUUCAAAAGGGCCUAGAAAGCCGUGCUGUCCAAUCCGGGAUCGACCCCGUGUAAACAUCUGCGAAACUGGUUUCCUCUUAUUGUUAACCCUAUCAGAAUACAAUGACGGAUUUAUCACGCUGUACUUUCUAGAUUUUUAAUGUCGUCAUUAAAUGUAUUUAAAGAUGCAUCUGAGAUUCGGCUGCAUUCCCACCACUCUCAAUCAGCUUAUUUCUCUUUGUUUCCCCUGUUAUCAAGGCUAUCUAUAACAAAGGUACGAACGAGGUCGCAACUCCCAGCAUCAUUAAUUCGUUUCGCUCUGGUGAUUGCGUGUUAAAUAUUGUGAUGCUAGUCCAUGUGAUGGAAGAAUCUGCUCACAUUCGCAUUGCCAUCCAGCUUUGUGACUUAUUUUCUUGUGAAUAUCAUCAAAAUGGAUCAUAAUGACAAUAAAAACCCAGCUUUGGAAUUUGUUUUUGAAAGACACGAAGUGUUCAGCUCUUUCAACGAAUCUGACAAUGUUAAAUCAGGGUCGUUGAAAAUGAAGAAAGUAAAAAAGGCCUUUUCAAGAAAAGGCAAGAAAUCAAGGUCCGCCUCUGCCAAUGGUUCAGUAGAUGGCUCCUCCCCAGGCACACCAACGACACUGGAGAGGACGGAGUCUCAGGCUUCUAACAAAAGUGUUGACUCACUGGCAAGCAGCUCAAGCUAUGCCAGUUCAGUUCAACAGAGAGAGUAUCGGCAGUCGAGGAUACUUGAAGAGUGGAUGAGCAAGUUUGGGUAUAGCUUAACUUGCUUAGAACUAGCCAAUCAGAGCAUGCAGUUAUUCAUCAAUCAAGGCUCAAAGGGGCGAACAAAUGAAGAGAUUGAAGACAUCGAUGAAGAAUUUAGUCGUUGGGAAGACACAGUGCAAAAUACUCUAGAUUUUGCAGACCUUUUGAUGGAAGAUGCAUUUAUAGAUACAGAUGCCAAGAAAUUGAUAAAAAACGACGUGGAUAGCUUGACGGAGAGAUGGAAAGAAAUAAAAAGUUUGAGAUUUUCAACGCAAAUCACGAGAUUCGUAAAAGUCUUCAUGUUUAGUCAUGUACGCUUGGCAGGUAGAUUUGUUAGUUAGACCAGUCGACAUGUAGAUAGAUGCACUGUUCCCAGCACGUCCAUCGUGAAGGUCGAUUUUGUCGCCAUAGAAGAGGUUAGUUCUUCAAUGAUUCAACAGCUCUAAAAAGUAUCUACCCCUAGCCCCCCCCCCUCCACCCCCACCCAGAAAAAGCUAUUGAACUGAAUGAUAAUGUUUCACAACCUUUAGAUCUAUUUUCAAUCAUCUCUCGCACCCAUCACUGUUACCACGAUUUUAUAUGAUUCUCAAAAUGUUUUCUAUUUAGUUUUUUGAUAGCUUUGUUAAUCGUCAAGGAAUUUCCUCUACCCCGCAAUCUCUCACAAUGAUAUAUUUAUGCCUUCAUAUUUUCAGAAGAGGUAAGUAACUUCUUCCUGUUUUUCCUUCAGAGUUUUUGCGCAUUGGCGGGCUGGUUGGCUGACAGGCAUGGCUGGCUUAUUGAUUUUAAAUUUUCUUAACCAUUUUCUGCUUUCUGUAAAGUUCUUUCUUUGAACCCUGCAGGUUUUUUAUGUUUGUUUUAAAAACGAGAAACGUUUGAUUCAUAACGGAAUUGAUUUUGUUAGCAGUUUGGUUUUUCGCUAUUUAAUUUUGAAAGACCAAAACCUCUAAUGCUGAUUUUUAUUGAUUUAAUCUCAUUACUUCAAGUUAUCUUAAUACUUUUCUAACAAUUUAUUGUAAUACGUGAUACAAGUUGUUUGAUUAAGAUUAAGCGUUAUUGCUAAUAGUCCUUGGGCUGUGUUUGUAUUCAAAUUAAGAUUACAAACAGUCUAUUAGGUAGCUGGCCCAAUUGCUUGCCACCAAUUCUUUUAGAAUAUCAUAACAACGAACACGUUUCGAAUGCGGCCGGCCCCACAACAAAAGCCCCCAGGGGCCCGCUUGAUUGUCAUUGACUCAUUGGCGAGCAAACAUGGCAGGGCAACAGAAAGAGAAGGGCAGGUGUCGCUGUUUCACCUGAAAUCGCAAGCCCUUUGUUUGUUGAAAAGAUAAAUCCCAUUGUUGAUUAUUCACAACAAUAGCGGUUAACAAUGCGUGGCACGCGCGCGAAAUUUGAACAGAUCAGACAUUGCUUAAAUUCAAUUGAGAAACGAUUUUGCUUCAUUCCAUCGUAGCAUUGACGGGCAAAUUAGAAGCAGAGGAACAUUGGACAAUUGGAAAAGCGAAGUAGCU